AUGGAACGUAAAGAACAACGAGUUGGACUUGGAGUUGGAGCAUUUCAUAACCCACCACAAGCUCAGUAUAGUGAAGAAACUCGGCAGCUCAUAAAAAUUUUGAUGGAAGAAUCGAAACUGUCAAUGAUGCAAAGAAAAUCUAUACAAAAUGCAGUAAACCGCGGUGAGUCAUUGCCACCUAUUUCACGGACAUCUUCUGUAGCAGUUAAUCACAUACAUACUAUUCAAUCUUCAUAUUGGAAGCGAAGAUCGCAGGAAGCGAUUGUUAAUAGUGGAGCUUAUGAACGAGAACAAUUCAGACUAACACGAGGUAUCAAAGAACGUAUUGAAUUUCUACAUGAGAUGGGACAUCUUGGUCUUGGUAAAAAGUAUCAGCCAAUAAUUCACCAAGAGAUCGCGGAGAAAAUACGAUUGAUUCAAUCGUUGGACGACCAGAAGAUAACAGAGAUCGAAGAAGAUAUUAAAAGAUAUAAGUAUGAACAACCCACUCCGAAGCCGUUUCCAAUGGGAGAACUCGAUGAUUCGUGA